GAACUUUCCCAAGUCCAGCCAGAGAGAGGGAAGGAAGAGGAGAGAGGGGAGGAGGCGAGAAAGAGUCGGAGGCGAGGCCAGAUGCUCCCCCGGACGAGUCUCGCUCAGCCAAGAAGGACGCCAACCCUCAGAGGUGGUUGCGAAGUCCAGAGACAGGCUCCUCUUCCUCAGCCUCCUCCAACCUCCAGAGCCCUUGCGAAGCCCUUCUGAAGCCCUUCUGCGGGUGGGUUUGGGACGGUGGGAAGGAGGCGAGAGAGGGAGACAGAGAGCACCGACGAGGGGCUUGGAGGGGGGCGAGAGAGGCCGAGAGAGUGUGACCCCUCUUCCAAGCGCCCUCCCUGAGUGCUCAGCCCCGGCCUCCUUUCCCCGUUGCUUUCAUGCAACGCCUGGUGGCCUGGGACCAGGCAUGCCUCCCGCUCCCGCCCUCGGCCUUUAAAUCCAUGGAAGUGGCCAACCUCUACUACGAGACGGACUGCCUGGCGGCGGUGAGCAAGCUGCACCCGAGGGCCGCCGGGGGACGCUCCAUGUCCGAGCUGAGCAUCGGCGACCACGAGAGAGCCAUCGAUUUCAGCCCUUACCUGGACCCCGUCGGAGCCCAGCAGCAGCAGCAGCAGCAGCCACCGCCGCCUCCUUCUUCCGCGGCGCCAGGGGGCAACUUCGAGCCGGUCUGCAGCAACAGCAGCGCCAGCAGCAACACCAGCAGCAGCAGCCACCCCCAAGAUUUCCUCUCCGACCUUUUCUCCGAGCAGGACUACAAAGGAGGAGGCGGCGGGGGGAAGAAGCAGCACCCCUCUUCCGACUACACCUACAUCAGCCUGGCUAAGCAUAGCCACCACCACCAGCUCCAUCAUCCCCACCACCAUCACCCAGGAGCCGCCAUCGGGCAGAGCCACAAGCCGGGGCCUCUCCUAGGCUGCUUCCCUCCGCAGAUGGUGGAGACCAAGGUGGAGCCGGUGUUUGAGCACUUGGACUCUUGCAAAGGAGGAGGAGGAGGAGGGGGGCCUCGGAAGGAGGACAGGGCCGGAGGGGCGGCGGGGCCGGGGCUGGGGGGCCUGGCUUCUCCCUACGGCAGCGCCGUCCGCUCCUACUUAGGCUACCAGUCGGUGCCCAGCGGCAGCAGCGGCAACCUCUCCACCGCCUCCUCCUCCAGCCCCCCGGGGACCCCCAACCCUUCCGACUCCUCCAAGUCCGCCUCGGCUGGAGACCGCAGCGGAGGAGGCAGCCUUGGCGGCAGCGGCGGCAACAGCCUUUACUCGUCGGGCGCCGGGAAGCACAAGUCCAAGAAGUGCCUGGACAAGCACAGCGAGGAGUACAAGAUCCGCCGCGAGCGCAACAACAUCGCCGUCCGCAAGAGCCGCGACAAGGCCAAGAUGCGCAACCUGGAGACCCAGCACAAGGUCUUGGAACUGACCGCCGAGAACGAGCGGCUCCAGAAGAAAGUGGAGCAGCUCUCCCGGGAGCUCGGCACCCUCCGGAACUUGUUCAAGCAGCUGCCCGAGCCCCUCUUGGCCGCCAACGCCGGACACUGCUAGCCCCCCUCGCCCUCGCCGAGUGGGAGCCGAAGGAAGGGAGGGAGGGAGCCACCGCUGGAGAGGCCCUGCGCUUUGGCCUCGACGUCCCGGGAGAAAGGAAGGCCCCGAGGAGGAGGAGCAGCCCGGGCUUGGAUGCCCUUUGGGCCCCGGGGGAGGGAGGGGAGAUUUGGGGGCGAGGGCUGUAUGUGGGGGUGAGCCUCUCCCCCAGCCCUCGAAUGGGAAAGCAUUGUUGAGGAGCUGUGUUAGAAAAUAGAUAUAUACAGAGACACACAGAGAGAAACCUCAGGCGGGUUGCAUAUAGAUUAUUAUAUGUUCUCCCCUUUUAAUUGACUGAAAUGAAGCCAGAAUGGAUGCCUUUUUGCCCCUAGGUUUAAAGGGGGGGGGGAGGUAGGAAGAGUUUGGGGAGGGGGUGAAUGAAUGGCAGUGGGGGGUGCAUCUCUCUUCCACCCCCAAAAUGGGAAAGCAUUGAGGGGCUGGGGAGUAUUAGAAAAUAUAUGCAGGGAGAGAGAGAGAGAGAAAGCCCAGAGGGUAUACAUAGAUAUUAUAUAUUAUAUUAUAUAUAUAUAUUCCCCCCCUUUAAUUGACACUGAUGUUGGGAGAGCCUUUUCUCUGUGCUUUAACUCCUUCGGCUGGCGGGGGGAGUCUCCUGGCCAUUUCCAUGUAUCUCUGCCCUCCUCCUCCCCAACUUUACUAGGGUUUUUUCCCUAAGGAGAUACCUAAUCCAAGCAAGCCAUCUUUGCAGGGUUGUUGUUUUGCUCCCCUUUCACCCCCUCUCCCCCUUUUUUUGGUUGAAUGUUAGUGUUAUUUAAGGAAAGAAUGGAAGAAAGAAAGAAAGAAAGGGACAAUAACAUAAAAGUAGAGAGGAAGGGAAUCCAGAGUGAUGCAAUCUUUUAAAACAUGGCUGGGAAGUUAGCUACACAUGAUGCAACCUCGUGUAACUGUCAGUCAUGGAUUGAGUAAUCUGUUAAAGAUGUUCUUACAGGUUUUUUAAAAAUAAUAAUAAAAGAAUGAUCUAUUUCUAUAAGGAAAAAAGGACAUAUGUAUAUUUUGGGAUCUAUGCAUUCUUGCUAUGCAGCAUUAAUGAACAAUUUUAAUAAAACUUUAUUGCUAGGAUGGAAAA